AUGCACUGCAGGCCAGAAAGCCAGCGCGGGAGCAGUGAAAACAGCCUAACCGACGAGCUGAGGUUCUGCCUCAAAGACAAAGCGACAAGUGUUCUAGAAUCUCCCUCUCUGCUGAGCAGUGUCUGCAAAGAGUUGCAGGGACUGUCCCUACAGACCAUCCUUCAGCAGAGUCUGCGUCUGGGCUUGCAGCAGCCUGGAGAAGAGCCAGCACCCAACGGAGGCUGGGAGAGAGAGCAGAGAAACGGCACCCGGGCUCUGGGGACUGUCCACCCUGACACCAGGUCCCCCAGGACUCGGGUGCACAAGGCAGUGCUGGCCUGGGAGCGCGAGCCUGGCACUGCCACAGUGAAAGUGCGACACCUCCGUGUGCGCCCCGACCCGACUGGCGGCAUCACGGGAAAGCAGGUCACCCGGAGAGGAGACCCCCUUCCCGCAGGCCGACUCCCCAGCUCCACAGAAGGAAACCCUGGGGCCUGGGGCAGACGCGCUGUGAGCCGGGAGGAAGCCGAGCCCAAAGUCAGCUGCCCGUUUGCCUCCCUGCAGUCGCCCAUGUUCGAUGGAAAAGUCCCGCACUGGUACCACUUCUCCUGCUUCUGGAAGGUCGGACACACUCUCCGGCACCCUGACGCCGAGGUCGAUGGGUUCUCUGAGCUCCGGUGGGACGACCAGCAGAAAGUCAAGAAGGCGGCGGAGGCUGGAGGAGUGCCAGGCAAAGGCCAAGACGGAGGCGGAGGCAAAACAGAGAAGACUCUGGGCGACUUCGCGGCCGAGUACGCCAAGUCCAACAGAAGCACGUGCAAGGGCUGCAUGGAGAAGAUCGAAAAGGGCCAGGUGCGCCUGUCUAAGAAGAUGCUGGACCCAGAGAAGCCCCAGCUGGGCAUGAUCGACCGUUGGUACCACCCGGGCUGCUUUGUGAAGAACAGGGAGGAGCUGGGCUUCCGGCCUGAGUAUAGCGCCAGCCAGCUCAAGGGCUUCGGCCUCCUCACUCCGGAGGACAAGGAGACCUUGAAGAAGCAGCUCCCAGCAGUCAAGAGUGAAGGGAAAAGGAAAGGCGAUGAGGUCGAUGGGAUGGACGAGGUGGCAAAGAAGAAAUCGAAAAAGGACAAGGACAAGGACGGCAAGCUGGAAAAGGCCCUCAAGGCCCAGAACGACCUGAUCUGGAACGUCAAGGACGAGCUGAAGAAGGCGUGUUCGACGAACGACCUGAAAGAGCUCCUCAUCUUCAACAAGCAGCAAGUGCCCUCUGGGGAGUCGGCGAUCCUGGACCGCGUGGCCGACGGCCUGGUGUUCGGCGCCCUGCUCCCCUGCGAGGAGUGCUCGGGCCAGCUCGUCUUCAGGAGCGACGCUUACUACUGCACCGGGGACGUCACCGCCUGGACCAAGUGCAUGGUGAAGACGCAGGCCCCCGGCCGGAAGGAGUGGGUGACCCCGAAGGAAUUCCGAGAAGUCCCUUACUUCAAGAAAUGGAAGGUCAAGAAGCAGGACCGGCUGUUCCCGCCCGAGACCAGUGUCCCGGCAGCUGCGGUGCCACCGCCCUCCGCAGCCCCCGCGCCCGCUGCCGUGAAGGCCGCGGCCCCGCCAGGUGCCGCCCGGGCCCCAUCUCGCAGACGUGUCUCUUCUGGGGGCAGAGCCAGACACGCUGUGCAGGGGCAGGCCACGGGCAGGGCGCGGGGUCUGGAAGCAGCAGCCGGCGGGGCUGAGUCCAGUGUCGAUCUCACCGCUCACCUUUGCUUUCCUUUCGAUGGAGCAGAGGAAGUAGAAAAGAUGAGCAAGAAGAUGGAGGAGCUGAAGGGAGCCAACGUGCGGGUGGUGUCCGAGGGCUUCCUCCGGGACGCCGCCGCCUCCACCAAGAGCCUGCAGGAGCUGCUCUCGGCCCACGCCCUCGCCCCCUGGGGUGCUGAGGUGAAGGUGGAGCCCGUUGAAGUAAUGGCCCCGAAAGGGAAGUCUGGGGGCGCGCUCUCCAAGAAGAGCAAGGGCCCCGUCAAGGAGGAAGGGCUCAACAAAUCUGAAAAGAGAAUGAAAUUAACCCUUAAAGGAGGAGCGGCCGUUGACCCCGACUCUGGUCUGGAAACGUCGGCGCACGUCCUGGAGAGAGGCGGGAAGGUGUUCAGCGCCACCCUCGGGCUGGUGGACAUCGCCAGAGGGACCAACUCCUACUACAAGCUGCAGCUGCUGGAGGAUGACCGGGAGAGCAGGUACUGGAUAUUCAGGUCCUGGGGCCGUGUGGGCACCGUGAUUGGCAGUAACAAGCUGGAGCAGAUGCCGUCCAAGGAGGACGCUGUCGAGCACUUUACGAAGCUAUAUGAAGAGAAAACGGGGAACGCCUGGCACUCCGAAAACUUCACCAAGCACCCCAAAAAGUUCUACCCUCUGGAAAUUGACUAUGGCCAGGAUGAAGAGGCCGUGAAGAAGCUGACGGUUAACCCUGGCACCAAGUCCAAGCUGCCCACGCCGGUGCAGGACCUCAUCAAGAUGAUCUUUGACGUGGAGAGUAUGAAGAAAGCCAUGGUGGAGUAUGAGAUUGACCUCCAGAAGAUGCCGCUGGGGAAACUGAGCAAACGGCAGAUCCAGGCGGCGUACUCCAUCCUCAGUGAGGUCCAGCAGGCCGUGUCCCAGGGCAGCAGCGACGCCCAGAUCCUGGACCUCUCCAACCGCUUCUACACCCUGAUCCCCCACGACUUUGGGAUGAAGAAGCCUCCGCUCCUGAACAACGCCGAAGGCGUGCAGGCCAAGGUGGAGAUGCUGGACAACCUGCUGGACAUUGAGGUGGCCUACAGCCUGCUCCGAGGCGGGUCUGACGACAGCAGCAAGGACCCCCUGGACGUCAACUAUGAGAAGCUCAAGACUGACAUUAAGGUGGUGGACAAAGACUCCGAAGAGGCGGAGACCAUCAGGAAGUACGUGAAGAACACUCACGCGACCACGCACAACGCCUACGACCUGGAGGUCGUCGAUAUCUUCAAGAUAGAGCGUGAGGGCGAGAGCCAGCGCUACAAGCCCUUCAGGCAGCUGCAUAACCGAAGGCUGCUGUGGCACGGGUCCAGGACCACCAACUUCGCCGGGAUCCUGUCCCAGGGGCUGCGCAUAGCGCCGCCGGAAGCGCCUGUGACGGGCUACAUGUUCGGCAAAGGAAUCUACUUCGCUGACAUGGUUUCCAAGAGCGCCAACUACUGCCACACGUCUCAGGGAGACCCGAUAGGCUUGAUCCUGCUGGGAGAAGUUGCCCUCGGAAACAUGUAUGAACUGAAGCACGCUUCGCACAUCAGCAAGCUACCCAAGGGCAAGCACAGCGUCAAAGGUUUGGGCAAGACUACCCCUGACCCUUCGGCGAGUGUUACUAUGGACGGUGUAGAGGUUCCCCUGGGAACCGGGAUCCCCUCCGGGGUGAACGACACCUGCCUCCUGUAUAACGAAUACAUCGUCUACGAUAUUGCUCAGGUAAAUUUGAAGUAUCUGCUGAAGCUGAAAUUCAAUUUUAAGACGUCCCUGUGGUGAGCGCGCCACGGCCAGGUGGCCGCUGGCGGCUGCGAGACGCCUACACGCGGCGCUCCGACCCCGCAGCGCCCCGCAGCGCCGUCUCGGUCUCCGGGGGCUCCAGAUGAACACUGGUCACCUUAGCCACUUUCCCUCCCUUCCCAGGCCCUUGUUUGUGUUCGUUGGGGUGGGGCUGUUUCUUUCCCUGCCCUGUGGGCCUGCCAGGCGCCAUGGGGAAGUUGGGGAGAGGUGUUUGUUUGCUAGACUAGUGCUGUGGGAAGCGCCCUCGGCCCAGGCGCCCGCCUUACUGGUCUCCCCGGCGCGGGAGAGAGCUUCACCCUAUUUUCAUCCUUAGUUUCGAUUUUGGAGAAAUGUUAAGCCUUUAUAUUGAGGUUAAAAAUAAAAACUAAUUUCAUACUAUUUAGGUUUUCUUUUUUUAUUUUGCAUUUCUUGUUAGCCCUUUUAGUGGUUUUUGUUCUGUUCUGUUCUGUUUUGUUGGUGAGGGUCUGAGGAGACCAGAAGGAGCUCCAGCACCUGCUCACUCUCAGAAACAAAGUGCUUUCCUUCCCAGACACACGAAUGUGGGGCUCUCGGGAUGUUCAGGAUGCAGUAAAUUAAAACUGCACUUGAAGUUCUUGACUUUCCUAUGAGCUGUUUUGUCUUCCAGUUAAAAUUCGCUGCACCCCCAAGGGCUACUGCUGACUCAAUUAAAGUGGAGGCGGCUCUGUUGGUG